UUUCGGUCCACCCACCAAUUCAUGACGACAGCCUACUUACAGGUGAAACAAACUCUGCUGAGAAGUACGGGCAAUCAAGUCUGUAGUUCAUGUCUAGAGGACUAAGAAGAAUGUCGCUCAGCUGUUAUUUAAUUUUAACUCUGUGGGUGGUUACAAUGUACGAACGAAGCGGUAUUGAGGGUUCAAGCUGGUUUUUGGGCUGUUACCAGUUCUGCUCACCAGUAUUUACAGAUGACGUAUAUUGGGCUGUUCCUCUGUCUGUUGUGACACCUCCCAUUUGUUCCAGAUACUGCCUUGAAAAAGGGUACAGCUUUACAGCUUUACGAAAUACCAGUUGCUUCUGUGCCACUACAUUUACUUUCCUCUCACUUGGCAAUCAGUCUUACAGACUCAGCAUAUGUGGCAGUAACUCAGAUAAAGGUUUUAAUGGUUCAUCCUUUUCUCAUAAUUCUUUAAAUUGUUUAACAAAUUAUAGUAGCAUAUGCUUAAAAUCCAUUGAAAGUAAUGUAAUCAGUCUGUCUACUGCUGAUAAAGAGAACAAGGACAGAGGCUGUGUAAAAAAGUGUACUAAUUCCUUGUGUCUUCCUUAUGGUGAUGGAAUAGACAAUUUAGCACUAUACAAUACCCUUGGUCCUUAUGUAAAGAACAUUAGCCUGAGACUUGUGACGGAGCAAUUGCAGAUAGACAAAUUUUUUGUCCUUGAAUUGUCUGGAAAUUUAGCAUCUUCUUUGGAUCAGUCUACAGGUAUUACAGAUUUAAAUCAAACAGUCUUUUCUCUUGUAAAACUUGCCAUCAAAUGGACUUCUGAAGAUCAAUUUACAUAUUCUGUGCCUGUGCUGUCUGAUGGGUCCUUCACAGCAUCUUUAAGCUGGGUUUACACUAAAUCUGGAACAUACCAAAUAAAUGCAUCUGUCAUGAAUCUGUUGUCCAUUCAGGAAUCUUGCAUUGAAGUAACUUCGUUCAAUCCAGUACCAGCACUCCUGGAAGUGAAGGUGAUACAAACACCUGAGCAAGUUCCAUCCUGUAUUACUUUUCCUGUGGACAGAGCCACAUCACUUGAGAAAGUUUUCCUGGGAGAACUAUGCAUUUUUAAUGCAUUUGUAUCCAUAGGGACACAUUUGAAGUUUCACUGGCAUUUUACUGACAACAAUAUCACACAUAUUUUAGGAGGUGAAUGUUCCAGAAAGGAAGACUGCCUGAGUAGCACGGUUAACCACACCUUUGAAAAAGAAGGAGUUUACAUUGUGGCAGUGAAUGUUUCCAAUGUGUAUGGUUGGGUUGAGAAAAUCAUUAGUGUGGCAGUUGUCCAACAAAUCCUUUCCAAUUUAACAUUUAAUGUCAUGGGUGAGCACUUGGUGAGACUAGGUGAAAAUGUCACUUUUGAGAUGGAACUCUUCACUACAGUCCGGCAACUUCUCUUUCUCAAUGCUACUUUUGAGACUGGCAUAACCCAUACCUACUGGCUUAGUGAUGACUCACCUGCCUUUGAAACCAAUAAUUAUCUUCAGCUGCUUGAAAGUUAUGGCUUACAACACUGCCUUUUUCGUGUAAGGAUAACUCAUCAGUAUAGCAAACCUGGAUGUUCUGAUGUUUCGGCUACUGUUUUUUCACCCACCAUGAUGGUUAGUGUAACACUGCCAGAGCAACUAGAAGUAUAUGACACAAUUUGGAAUAUAGUUCCAUCUGUGCUUUGGGAUACAGUUAUUCCCUCUGGCAUAAAUACAACUUUUCUGAUUUCAAGCUCUACAGAUAAAACUGGAUCUUUUGUUUCCUGGAGGAUUACAAAGGAUAAUUGUACCUUUGUCAACGCAACAACUUCAGCUUGGUCUUUUACAUAUUCUUUUCAGGAUUCCGGUAUUUAUAAUCUGAUGGCAGUAGCUUUCAAUCCACUCAGUGAGGUUUCAGUUGUUAGUGAACUGAUUGUGCAGGAGGCUAUAUCUGGGGUAUCACUUUUUAGUGAACAUCCUACCUGCAUAACUACUGGCUCUACAGUUGCCAUCUGGGCUAGCAUCCAGAAAGGAGUUAACGUCACAUACACAUGGGACUUUGAUACAAAUACAAGUUUUUCUACUGGCAAUUUACAGACAGCAUCAUAUGAUUAUACUGAGCCAGGAAUUUACUUUGUUACAGUGAAGGCAGAGAACCAAGUAAGCUCUAUAUCAAGUGAGCCACUGCAGAUUUUUGUGCAAGACCAAGCUAGUGGCCUUCUAAUUCAUAUUCCGAGCAUCAUUACAGUUGAAGAGAGUUCAUUAUUAACAGUAACUGUGAUGACUGGUACUAAUCUGACUCUAGAUAUUUUAACAAAUGGCACUCUUGCGUUCACACAAAAUGGCUAUGCGGCGGGUGUUCCUAUAAAUGUGGAAUUUGUUUUUAACCAAACAGGAUCUUUACAAGUUGUUGUUAAAGCUAGAAAUUGUGUGUCUACGCUGAUCAAGACUUUGGCAGUUUUAGUUGUAAGAGAGAUUUCCACCGUCGCCAUAGAGACAACACAGUUGCCAGUGUUGGGCGAAGGCAUUAUUCUAAUUGCAAAAGUCAAUGGAAUCAUUUGGGCGAACAGAAAUUAUAUUUACACUUGGACUCUUCCUCAGAAUAUUACAAUUGUAUCUGGGAGCCCUGCUUUGCUGUACAAUUGUAGCCACACUGACUCUCAGCUGAUUACUGUGUCAGUCACCAACUGUGCAUCAAAUGCUUCAUCUGAAAUUGAACUGAAUAUAUAUUUAGCUAAUGUUGGACCUCGACUGUUUCAUCAAGCAAAUGUGGGAGCAGGGGCAACUGUUCUUUUUACACUAAAAGCCUUUUAUGCAAAUGAAGAAUCUUUUGAUAUUUAUUUUGGUGAUGGAAACAUGAACACUUUGUUAUGCCCUACUGAGAGAAAUUUAAGCUGCACAAUUCAAUACACUUACUCAUUAGCUGGAAUUUACAGAGUAAAGGCAGAAUCAACUAAGGGAACCAAUAUUUCCUCUGUGAUCAUAGUUCAAGAAUACAUCAAAGACUUGCUUGUUAUUGGUCCUAAAACAUGGAAACUUACUGUAAGUGAACAAGUUCCAUCAUCUGUAACCUGGACAGCACAGAUCUCACAAGGAUCAAAUUGCAUCUAUCAAUGGACAUUUUUAAAUGGAACUGAGAAAACUGUCUAUAUAGGACCCAAUAUGUUUACGAUGGAGUUGCAGUCACCAUUAGAACUAAAUGGCAACGUGACUGUGAAGAAUGACAUUAGUGAGCUGUCUGCUGAUUUCUUCACUGUUGUACAGUUUCCUAUUCAGAAGAUUACCUUGGCUGCAAGCCAGGCAGCUCUUGGACAACUAAUGAAUAUUAUGGUAUUGGCAGAACCUGCUCAAAAUUAUGAGGUGUUUGUAAGCUUUGGUGACGGUCAUUACUUUCUUUCUUCAUCGAUGAAACUGUCACCAGAUAUUAAGUGCAACUCACAACAAUCAUGCACGUCCCAAUUUCAAAUGCAACACCAAUAUUCUGACCCUGGCAUUUAUAAUCUAUCUGUAGUUCUGUCUAAUUCUGUAAGCUCUGCCACAGAAGCCAGUAAUGUUGUAGUCGAAGAAAUCAUAACUGGUAUCCAAGUAUAUCUCAGGACUCCAACUGUGAUCAGAGUGUUUGAUUUUAUUAAUGCCACAGCAUCUGUGAAGUCAGGCAGUGAUGUUACCUUUGAAUGGCAAGUCUUGAAUUCAUCUCCUGCAGGAAGCUACUAUUUUAUUGACAGGAACACCAGUUUUAGCUAUUUGAGCUUUCUGGCACUAAAUCCAGGAAACUAUGUUGUUACAGUGAACAUUUCAAAUCCUUUUUAUAAGGCUCCAUUUACCAGAGUGUUACCAAAUCCUGUGAAAGUCUGUGGACCUAUUCAAAGCAUACAAGCUGAGUUUCCCCUUGGAGUUAAUUAUGCAGAGUUAAUUAAACAACAAGAUGGGACAUAUGCAACUCAACGGCUGAGCUUCAUUGUUUAUUCUCACUCAGAAGAUGUUACCUUUCUUUAUAAUUUUGAUGAUGGAACUCCGGUGUCGAAUGUUAAUAGUAGUAGGAAGGAUGUUGAUGGAAUUUCUGCAUCAUGCUACCAUAGCUUUAACCUAGCUGGUGUUUUCAGAAUAAGAAUUACUGUGUACAAUGUGUUUUUCAAUGCUACUAAGGAACUUGGUCCCUAUUAUGUGGAAAUAUUACCAAAAGACCUGUUUAUCUAUGUAAAUUGCAGUGUAGUUCAUAAAAAUGAUAUAGUUUUGUUCAAUGCAACAUUAAAAGAAGGAACCAAUGUAUCUUAUACCUGGAAAAUGGAUGAUCAAACAACUUAUGUCAACAAAGGCCCAGUUAUUUUGCACCAGUUUUUGACAACAUCAGUAUAUAAUGUGAGUGUAAUUGCUCAAAAUCAUGUGGGAACUGCCAUUUCCAGCACAAGUAUUUCAGUUCUUUACAGAAUACAACCUGUUUAUGUAUAUAGCAACCAGACCAUUUAUGCUACAGAUACAGAUAUAAUCUUUCAAGCAGUGACAAAUGAAAGAGGCUCUUUGAACUUUGUUUGGUAUUUUGGUGAUAAACCUCCACAGCAAACAUCUUCUCCUACAAUAACAACACGGUAUUCAACUGCAAAUAGGUAUAAUGUAUUUGUUACUGCCUCAAAUAAUCUAAGCUCCUUCACAUCAGACAUCUAUCCCAUCACAAUAGAGAAAAAAAUUAGCCUUAACCGGCUCUUGUUUAAUGCCUCUGUGUUGGUGAACUGCAGUGUAGUCAUGGAUUGCCGAGUUAAUGCUGCAUCCAAUGCUUCAUUUCUCUGGAAUUUUGGAGAUGGUACAGUUCGAACUGGUAAAGCCAUAGAAAAUCACGCUUAUAAAAGGGAAGGCGAGUUCACAGUGGAAGUGACUGUGUUUAACCGCAUCAGUUCUGCCUCACUUUCAAAGCAGAUUUUUGUAUUAAGUGCACCUUGUCAACCACCUCCAGUUAAAAAUAUGGGACCUUCUAAAGUUCAGGUGAGACGAUAUCAGAACUUGGUACUAGGGGUGACUUUUGAAGCUGAUAUCCAGUGUAGCAAAUUCCGUGGCAUAAUGUACAAGUGGAACCUGUAUGAUUCAAGUGGAGUUUCAGUAAUAUUUUUGCAGAUUGACACCAAUAAACAGACUAUUGAAAUCCCUAAAAAUUUUCUUCCAUAUGGAAACUAUACAGCUGUUGCAAAGGUCCAAGUAAUAGGAUCUGUGGUAUACAGUAACUACACUGUACCCAUUGAAGUGCUGCCAACUUCUCCUGUCAGUGUGAUUAGAGGUGGUACAAAUGUAUUCUUUUCAAAAAAUAAUGACUCCUUAAUAACUUUGGAUGGGCGUGACUCCUAUGAUCCUGAUUACCCAGAAAACAGAAUAAGCUUCACCUGGACUUGCAUGCCAGUUAGCAGAAUAUCUUCAGGAUGCUUUGACAAAAGUAUUAUUUUGAAUCUGGCAGUGGUCACGUUCACAGCAUCAUCACUUAAAAGUGAUUUUGACCAGUUCCAAUUCACUUUGAUGGUAAAUAGUGGAAACCGGUCUUCAACAUCAGAUGUUUUUGUGAAUUUCCAGAAAAAUAUACAAAUAGAACUUGGCAUAUCUUGUGCUAAAUGUAAGGGGAACACUAUCAACUGGAAUGAGAGGUUUUCAAUUAUAGCAGAAUGUGGCAUAUGUAAGAAUAUUUUAAACCACACCUUGGUUUGGAGUAUGUAUUUGGUAAAUGCUUCCAGUACACCAAAUGUAGAAGUUCCCUUUUGCAAAGUGCUUGACACCAACAGUCCAUCAAGUUUGUAUCAGAGCAUCUAUGUUUCGGCUCCAGAGGUGUCACCUAGUCAAGCUCCCUCUGUUUAUUCAAGCAGUUCAGUUUUGGCAUCUAACGUAGUCCCUGCAACAUCAAGUCUUGCUUCAGCUGAUCAAACUGUGGAAAGAAGUACCACUGCAUUUCCUGCCAACCAACGUGUUUUGUCUGGAAUAACAUUCAGUGACUUAUUUGCAAGUCAGGCUAUGUUCCCUUUGUCAGAAGAUAAAACCACCUCAAAGCAAGCCACAACAUCCAAGGAUCUUUAUGUCGUUCCCUUCUUACUAAUGGAGGGUCCAGCUUCAGGCGGAAGGUCAAGGCGGAAGAGAUCCAAUGCAGUUAGCCCCUCCAGCACAGCAAUAAGAGGUGUCACUACUGUAGAUGCAGCAGCUAAGGACACUUCCACUGCCUUGGUUGCUAAAAAAAAUGGGAACUCUAAAGAUAGCCUUUUAAGUAGCAGCAGUACAGGCACAAUUCUAGAGGAGCUAUCACCUGAAAUGGGGGAAUUUCCAAUUGUUCGUGAAGGAGCUUCAGUUACAGCCAUAAGUUUAAUCUCCAGUUCCAAUGGGAUGAAGCUUAAUGAAGAAAAAGUUAGCAGCCUUGUAAAUCAAACACUGAAUUUCAACAUAACAGAUCCUUAUGACUUUUACAAAGGAAUUGAAGAAGGAGGAGAAAAUUAUGACAGGCCUACAGGUGGAAGUUUUAAUAAUGCUGAUGGUGAAUCCAUAUAUGAUUCAAGUAAGGGAGGAGGAAGCAACCUUAUAGAUAACAGCAAUAACCCAUCUGUUGGUCCUCUUACUUCUACUCUGCUUGACUUAGACAGGAGACAAAUUGAUAAUAAUUUGUUUACUGUGUCUGGAGAGUCAUCUUUAAGCAUUACUUUUCAACCAUUUAUACUUCAACCAAGAAUGCUUUACUUGAUAGAGCUUUCUACAGAUUUAAACCAACAGCAACUUGGUAAAACUCAACUGUUCAUUUCUACAAAUGAAGCUCCCCAAGGUAUGACAUGCCUUUUGCAGCCUAAGAAAGGAUUUGAGAUUUACACCGACUUUAGUAUAUUUUGCACAUCUGGGAAGGAGGAUCUCUCAUAUAAAUACAGUUAUCAAGUUGGAAAUAAUUCUAAGACCAUUUUAUAUCAAGGAAGAGAUAUCCAGUACUAUUUUAACCUUCCUGCUGGGGACCCAUCUGAUAAUUAUAAAGUAACUAUUUACAUAGAAAUCAGCAAUAGAUUUGGUUCAACAACAAGUCCUUGUCCAGCAGUUGUGACUGUCCUUCCCAGUUUUCUGAGAAAUGAGACUUCAAGCUACAACCCAGAUGCUGAACUGUAUAAUUCAGUCAUGAGGAAUCUAUCAUCCCAUUUGCUAAUACAAAAUGAUGUAGAAACGAGAAACUAUAUAAUUCUUUUAACAAAUGUUCUUAAUCGCUUGAGUCAGGAUCAAAGGGGAGAUAGAGAUCUACAAAUUCAAGUACAAAAGGCCUUAAUUUCUUCAGUUUGUGGACUAAAUGUGAAUUCUCAGGCAGAACUACUUGAAAACCUAAAUGUAUUACAGAAACUCCUGAGCACCCGUCAACAGGGUAACAUGAAGACUCUGGUAUGA